CAGAAAACCGCAACCAUGGAACGCGUUCGGAUCACACCACGGAGUUACCCCACAAACCUUAUAGACAAGGACUGGGCAAAUCGGAAACAUUUUCAUUUGGAAAAAAUGAAAGGAUUUAUAAGUUUAGUCCAUGACUUGGAUAUUCGAGAGGAUGAUGUGUGGGUAGUCACGCCUCCGAAAUGUGGCACUACUUGGAUGCAGGAAUUAUUGUGGCUGCUGAUCAACAAUUGCGAUUUUGAGGGAGCGUUGACCAAAGAUCAAGGUCUACGAAGUCCCUUUUUGGAGUUUGAUUUUGUCUGUCAUGGAAAUUUGGAGGAAUCAUUAAAGCGUGUGCAGGAAUGCAAAUCACCACGACUUAUAAAAUCACAUCUUCCCCUUGCCUUACUUCCAGCAAAACUUUGGGAAAGAAAAAACAAAGUUAUCUAUGUAUUUCGUAAUCCCCUAGAUGCCUGGGUAUCCAGAUAUUAUCACGGUGUUACCUACGGUGCUUUUUAUGGAAAGACACUGCAUCAGUAUUUCGAUGACCUUUUGAGUAACGAAAACUAUGCUUUGGAAACCAUAGAACAUGCCGCCGAAUUUUACCAACUCCGAAAUGAACCAUGGGUUUUUUAUACCAGUUUCGAAAGAAUGAAAAAAGAUCUGCGCGGUGUUAUUAACGAUGUUUCCAGAUUUCUGAACACGACUGUUACCGAUCUGCAAAUGGAGAGACUUUUAAAGCACUUAUCAUUUGAAGAAAUGAAAAAAAAUCCUACAACGAAUCAUUUGUGGGAAAAAUCUCAAGAAAAUGGCGAAAAUGCUGGCAAAGUGGACUACAAUUUCCUGCGGCGCGGUAAGGUCAAUGGUUACAAGGACGAACUUUUGCCCGAGCAUAUUGAGAAGGCCCAGUUUUUAAUACAAAAGCAGCUUGAGAAAAACAAUGUUACUAUGGAAGAAUUACUGCUGAAAAAUAGAUGUACCCCCUGUAUUUUCUUAUGUACCCUGCAGCCACACAGUGAGGCAAUUACCUCUCUAAAUGGGCCAAAAGCUCACCAACACCACUGCAGCACAGAUUCUGCGAGUGUGAAAGUAGUGAAAGCUGAAAGCCGAGGGCGAACGGGGCCAAUACUUAUGCUUAUGCAAGCCAGCCGAGAGCCGACGCCACCGCCCAGCAGGAGUCACAAAAACGAAAAACAGGCGUCAUUCAAGGCAGGACAUGCGGCACGUGAAGUGUUUACUGUACUUAAAUAGCGGAGGAUAAAUCAAGAGGUCAAUAAAAAAAGCUAUAAAAUGUCUGCCCCCGCUGUGUUGCCCGUGACGUCACGACUGUUGCUUCUCCUAGUGACUUUGUUGUUUUGCCCUCUGCAAGCGCAUCUUUCGAAGCGAAGCUACUCGGAUCAGAGUGUCCAUGGCUAUAUGACCGAGCGCACUUGCUGGUGGAACGAGGUGUGCAAGGAGGAGUUCCAAAGCCUUUUUCGCUGCAAGUGCCCCCAGUUCUCGUACUGCCGAUCGCCGGGACGCUACUAUAAUGCCUACUGCUCAAUGACGGACACCGGUUAUAUUUGGACCCAGCCGAACUGGGAUUGGGGGGCGUAGGAUGAAGAUACCCCGGAUAACGCCCCCAACAAGCCCCCGCACCGCCAGCACAGCUCGCUGUGACGUCAAAGACACUGACUGCCGACUGUACGCUUACAAAACCCAAAAUAUGAGGGGUUCAGCCCAAAAGGAACCCCAUAUCGAGCCGAGUUCUCAGGCCUUAUAAUGUAAUGGGGUUGAGUUCAUCUCCCCAGUUGUUAUCGCUCUUCGUGCUGAAUAAAUGGUAUCGAAAGUCGUA